AUGAAGCUCUACGUGAAUGUGCUCGAGGCUAGGAAGUUGAAGCAUGAGAAACUAGGAGCUAAUCCGAUUGAUGCGUAUGUGAAGUUAAGGACGAGGAAGCAUAGGAGUAAGACUGGUGUCAUAAGAGGGAAGACGAAUCCAGUGUGGAAUGAAGAACUCGUGUUGAGGAUCGAUGAUUUGAAGGAGGAACUUCAGGUGAUCCUUGUGGUUCGAAGUUCCGGAGCACGUGAGAGUGAAGCCUUGGGGCAGGCCGUGGUUCCUGUUUGGAUGGUUGCUGAAGCAGAGAACCAGACGCUACCAACAACGUGGUUUCCUCUGCAACCACUUUCGACUUCAACCCAGACGCAUAUUUGUGGUAACGAUCUGCAAUGGGAGAUUCUUAUAGCUAUUUCUCUUUAUAGUAGAAGCAAUAGCGACUCUACCCUUUCUAGUAGUCCUGUGCCUUCAGAUGCGGACAGCAGAGAAGUUGUCUGCUUUGAGAGUCCUGGUAGAUCUCCAUAUGAGAAUACGGAUUCUGUAUCAGAGGAAGCAUCAUCCGGGGCAGAAGAAAAGAAACCAAUCAAAAGAUUCACGGGUAAAUUGGUGCGAAGGAUUUUAAAUAAAAAUAAAGAAGUAAAGUCAAAUUCAGCUGGGACGGCUAUUCUGCAGUCUGAUGAAUCUUCUGACAAUGGUAGCGUCUCCGAAGAGCCACUUGCUAAUUUCAACUUUGAAAAAGCACUUCAAACAAUGCAGGAGACAAAUCAGGAAAAUGGAAUGCCUGAUAAUUUGCAAGGAGGCAUCCUUCUUGAUAAACAAUAUCUGACAUCUUGUGAAAAUCUCAAUGCAUUACUUUUUGCACCCAAUUCACAGUUGAUGAAGGAAUUAACAGAACUGCAGGGUACAACCAACCUGGAUGAAGGUGCUUGGAGACUGGAAUUUGGAGAAAAUGUGUGUUUAAAGAGGACAGUGACAUUCACAAAAGCAGCGACUAAGCUGGUAAGGGCUGUUAAGGUCACAGAAGUGCAAACUUAUCUCUGCGCUGGUGAAAACUCAUAUGCUGUUUUAAAAAGAGUUAGUGCACCUGAUGUUCCGUAUGGAAACUGUUUUGAUGUAUCCUUGCUCUACAAGAUAUUUCCUGGUGAACCACUACAUUCAGGCAAAGAAAGUUCUCAUCUUGUUAUAUCAUACAAUAUAAAUAUAUUGCGAAGUACAGUUCUUAAAGGGAUGAUUGAAGGGGGAGUUCGUCAAGGCCUUAGGGAAAACUAUGACCAGUUUGCAGAGUUACUGGCUCGGAAAGUAGAAGGGAUUGCUUCAGAGAGUCCUUUGUCAGAGAAAAAGCAGAUCUUGGCAUCAAUAAGUGAGAAAAAGCAAUCGAAUUGGAAACAGGCACUAUCUUACUUUUUAAACUUCACUGUGGUCUCUGCUUUAUCAGUUGGGCUAUACAUUGCAUUUCACAUAUUCCUAUCAGUGCAUUGUGGACGACAUGGGCUGGAAUUUUAUGGCUUAGAUUUGCCUGACUCAGUUGGAGAAGUAAUAACUACUGCGCUUCUGAUUCUUCAAUCACUGCGUGUUUACAAUAUGAUUUCACAUUUUAUGCAUGCCAAAUUGCAAAAAGGUAGUCACUUUGGAAAAGAAGUGCAUAAUGAUGGGUGGUUGCUUACUGUAGCUCUGAUUGAAGGUAGUGGCAUAGCAUCAGCCAGUGGAACUCGCUUUUCGGAUCCUUAUGUAACUUUUACAUGUAACAGUAAAAACCUUAGAAGCUCUGUCCAGCUUCAAUCACGUGAUCCUCAGUGGAAUGAAGUGGUGGAGUUUGAUACGCCAGAAGAGCCUCCAUCUCUUCUGGACAUGGAAGUCUUCGAUUUUGCUGGUCCGUGUGAGCAGGCUUUGUCCCUAGGCCAUGCAGAGAUCAAUUUGUUGAAACACACACCAUCAGAUCUAGAAGACUUAUGGAUUCCUCUUCAAGGAAAGUUAGCUCGGUUUUCUCAAUCUAAGCUGCAUUUAAGAAUAUUCUUGGAGACCACUAAAGCAGCUCAAAGCACUCGAAAGUACCUGAGGAAGGUGGAGAAUGAACUGGGGAGGAAGGUUCACCUUCAGCCUCCUCAUCGCAGUUCAACUUUUCAAAAGCUUUUCAAAUUGCCUCCAGAAGAAUUUCUUGUCAGCGAUUUCUCAUGCUGUCUGAAGAGGAAGAUGCUGUUGCAGGGUCGAGUUUUUGCAUCUGCUCGAGUAAUUGGCUUCUACGCAAAUAUUUUUGGGCACAAAUCCAAGUUUAUCUUCAUAUGGGAAGAAAUUUAUGACAUUCAAGUGACACCCCCUUCACUGGCAUCUGUCGGAAGCCCGUCUCUGGUGUUCAUCCUUCACGAAGGCAGAGGUCUUGAUGCCAUGAGGUAUUCCAAAUCACAAGAUGAGGAAGGCAGGCUGAAGUUCCACUUUCAACCAUUUGGGUCAUUUUCUGAUGCAAGCAGGACAGUCAUGGUGUUGUGGAAAGCAAAGACACUUGGUGCUAAACAACCAAGAAGAUGA